AUGGAGAAAAAACGACAGCCACCAGCGACACUAACAAACCGUGGCAUAUGUCGACUACAGCCGACUACAGCCGACCACGAGGUGCGGCCAGAGGGGCCCCGACCGGGCAAAGCGAUGAUCAAGAUUGUAUCUUCAACCAUGACUGGCCUGACUGGGAAGGAAGCCACACCGGUUCUGACCCCUAUUUACCACACAAGCCUUCAGAGGAAAGCUAAACAUCUACGCACACCGCAAAGAACUGCCCUGUGUAGCCCCAUACCCGGAAAGGACAAAGAACCCGUGCAAUGCUGGUACUGGCUCCUGGAGAGUCCCAGGGCAGGAGGGGUGCUUCAAAUGGCCUGUGCUGCGAAGCUUACGCGAAGACACUGGGUGCCGAGGUGCAGAAGGGUAAACUCUUGGACAUCUAUUCCAGGCCGGUAA